AUGAAGCGCCACAGCACUCUUGCACUUCUUGUGCAAAGCUUGUUCACUCUCGUCAGAGCACAGAGUAUAUCGCACUCUACACAAGAUGGACGACCAAUCUGCACCGUCACUCCACGCUCAAGCAACACCACCGACGAUGUUCCUACCAUCCUCAAAGCCUUCGACACCUGCGGCCACGGCGGCACCAUUAUCUUCCCAGCAGGCAACACCUACCACAUCAACUCCAAGCUUAACCCCGUGGUCAACGAUGUGGAGAUAGACUGGCACGGCGAAUGGCUUUUCUCCCAAGACCUCGACUAUUGGCGCAACAACAAUUACCACAUUGAAUUCCAGAACCAUGCUGCUGGAUUCGUUCUUACUGGUGAGCACAUCCGUAUCAACGGCCACAGGACCGGUGGCAUCAAUGGUAACGGUCAACUCUGGUACUUCGAUGAACGCGGCAAUGAUACAGUGGGCGCAACCCGUCCAGGCCGUCCCAUCCCCUUCCAACUCUGGAAUGUCAGCGACGUUUCCGUGAAGAACUUCCACAUCAUCCAACCUCAACUCUGGGCUAUCAACAUCAUGAACGCCACCAACCUGCACUUCUCCAACAUCCACGUCAACGCUACCUCCCCCGAAACUCCGUUAGGCUACAACUGGGUCCAAAACACCGACGGUUUCAACACGAUGGAUACCCGUAACGUUCUCCUCACAAACUUCACCUACCAGGGCGGAGACGAUUGCAUUGCCAUCAAACCCCGCUCCUUCGACAUCACCAUCAAGAACGUCACCUGCCACAGCGGCAACGGCAUCGCAGUCGGCAGCCUAGGCCAAUACCUCGACGACGCUUCCGUCGCAAACGUCUGGAUCGACAACGCCACCCUCAUCAAAGGCGGCGCCCAAGACAACAUCGGUAACGCUGUCUACAUCAAAACCUGGGUCGGCGAGCUCGUCUCCGGCGGCGACCGCGACUACGAGUCCGACUACCAGCCCCGCGGCGGCGGAUGGGGGAGCGUUACGAACAUGCUGUUCUCCAACUUCAAGGUCUUGGGUGCCAAGGCUGGGGGCGUGAUUACGCAGAACAGUGGUGACAAUGGGACUGCGGCGGGGACGAGUAAUAUGCUGGUGAGGAAUGUGCAGUUUGUGAAUUUUACGGGGUAUCUUGAUGGGAGGGAGACGAUGGCGAGUUGGUGGCGGGACGAGUACGGGGGUGGCGAGCUGUAA